AUGCUCCUGUUGUCAGUUUUGCUGCUCAUGUCCCAAGCCAAGGGCGCAUAUCUCGAAUGUGGUGUAAGACCCAUUUUUGAGGGAGGACCUCAGUAUUCCAGAAUCAUAGAGGGGAUGGAGGCUGAGGUGGGUGAGUUUCCAUGGCUGGUGAGUAUUCAGACAAGAAAUGAACAUUUUUGUGGCGGCACGAUCAUCAACGAGUGGUGGAUUGUCACUGCUGCUCACUGCUUAUUUAAUGAGGAGCUAAUCCCUACAGACCUGAGUGUUGUGCUGGGAACCAACAACUUACAGAGCCCAUCCCUGGAAAUAAAGGGAGUCACCACCAUCGUUAUUCACAAGGACUUUAAAAACCUGAACAUGGACAAUGACAUCGCCUUGCUGCUGUUGAACUCACGCAUCACAUUCAGCGGCCUGAAAGAACCCAUCUGCACACCUAGGAAGCCCAGCCCCUCCACGUGGCACGAAUGCUGGGUGGCAGGAUGGGGACAGACCAAAACUGAUGACAGAAACUCUAUGAAAACUGAUCUGAUGAAAGCGCCAAUGAUCAUCAUGGAUUGGGGGAAAUGUUCAAAGCUGUUUCCAAAACUUACUGAAAAUAUGCUUUGUGCUGGAUACGAAAAUGAGAGCUAUGAUGCUUGCCAGGGUGACAGUGGGGGGCCUCUCGUCUGUACCAUAGAACCUGGCAAGAAUUGGUACCAGGUGGGCAUCAUCAGUUGGGGAAGGAGCUGUGGAAAGAAGAACACCCCAGGAAUAUACACCUUGUUAGAAAAUUACAGCCCCUGGAUCAAGAAGGUGACUGAGAUAGAGGGAAGGCCCUAUAACGCUGAGAAAAUGAGAAUGCCUCUCCAAAACAAAUUGAUGAGAUCCCAGGCCUCAGAAUUCCCAGAGCCAGGCAGCCCCAAAUUCCGGCUCCUGCUCUGCCUUCUGUCCUACAUGCUGUUCUAG